CGCGGUGGCGGCGGCGCGCCGCCUCGCCUGUCCUCGCCUCGCCUCGCCUGGCCGCUCGCCGCCGCGGAGGGGCGGCGCUGCCUCCCCGCACUCCCCCGCCCGGCGCCCCUGCUCCGUCUCCGGGAAGGGCGCGGGGAGCCCCUCGUUGCCCCUCGGCGCGGCGGCGGAGUUGGAGCCGGCGGCGGCAGCUCGGUGCGAUGCCGUGUUAGCCCCCGAGGGAGCGCCGGAGAGAAGGGGCGCGAGUGGCCGCGGCUGCGGCUGGCACCAUGGGCACCGGGCUCGGGGGCGCGGCGGACGGGCACCCUGCGCUCUCCGAGUGAGCCCGGAGAUGUGCCGGCGCCCGGGGGAAAUAUUUUGGAAAUAGCACGGAGCGGUCCGAGGAGGACGAGCGGCGGCACCCCGUUUCACCAGCUGAGAGGAGGUCGCCCGGCGGUCGUGUACAGGCAAACAAAUAUCACUUGCUGUGUCAUAGCACAUGGAUUUCAGGACCACCUGCGAAGAGAUCUGCCAGGCCAAUCAUUUCAUGGUAGAAGUUCAUCAAGGUGGUCAAGGAUGACUCCCCCAUGACAAAGACAGGGAUUUGUUUGCUGCAGGAUGGUAACCAGGAGCCUUUCAAAGUGCGACUGCACUUAGCCAAAGAUAUUUUGAUGAUCCAGGAGCAGGAUGUGAUCUGUGUGUCUGGUGAGCCUUUCUAUUCUGGUGAAAGGACAGUGACAAUUAGAAGACAAACUGUAGGAGGAUUUGGAUUAAGUAUAAAGGGUGGAGCAGAACAUAAUAUUCCAGUGGUCAUUUCUAAGAUUUCCAAAGAACAACGAGCUGAACUUUCAGGUUUGCUCUUUAUAGGAGAUGCAAUUCUGCAGAUUAAUGGAAUUAAUGUGAGAAAAUGCAGGCAUGAAGAAGUGGUUCAGGUCCUUCGCAAUGCGGGGGAAGAAGUGACCCUAACUGUGUCCUUUCUGAAGAGAGCACCUGCUUUUCUCAAACUGCCACUGAAUGAAGAUUGUGCAUGUGCCCCCAGUGACCAAAGCAGUGGCACUUCCUCUCCCCUGUGCGACAGUGGCUUGCAUCUCAACUACCAUCCCAACAACACGGAUACAUUAUCAUGUUCCUCAUGGCCAACAUCCCCAGGACUUAGAUGGGAAAAAAGGUGGUGUGAUCUCCGAUUAAUUCCACUUCUUCAUUCACGAUUUUCCCAGUACCUUCCAGGAUCAGAUUUAUGCAGGCAAAAUGCGUUCCAAGUAAUUGCUGUGGAUGGGGUUUGCAGUGGAAUAAUUCAAUGUCUCUCUGCUGAAGACUGUAUUGACUGGCUACAAGCAAUAGCAAGUAACAUUUCCAACCUCACAAAGCACAAUAUUAAAAAAAUCAACAGGAAUUUCCCCGUAAACCAGCAGAUAGUCUACAUGGGCUGGACGGAAGAACGGGAACAAGACUCCCUUCAGGAUCGAAUGUAUACACCAAAGUUUCUAGCACUGAGGGGAUCUUCUCUGUAUAAAUUUAUGGCACCUCCAGUCACAACCUGGGAUUGGACACGAGCUGAGAAAACAUUUUCAGUCUAUGAGAUAAUGUGCAAAAUUUUCAAGGACAGUGAUCUACUGGACCGGCGGAAACAUUGUUUUGGUGUCCAAUCUGAAUCUGGAGAAGAUCUUUAUUUUUCCGUGGAAUUGGAGUCUGACCUAGCACUAUGGGAAAAAGCAUUCCAGACAGCAACAUUUUUAGAAGUUGAACGGAUACAGUGCAAGACAUAUGCCUGCGUUUUGGAGAGCCAUCUCAUGGGGCUUACCAUUGACUUUAGCACGGGCUUUGUCUGUUUUGACGCUGCGACAAAGGCUGUCCUUUGGAGGUACAAAUUUUCCCAGCUCAAAGGUUCUUCAGAUGAUGGGAAGAGCAAAAUCAAAUUCCUUUUCCAAAACCCAGAUAAUAAACAAAUUGAAGCAAAGGAGCUGGAGUUUUCCAACCUGUUUGCAGUCCUUCAUUGUAUCCAUUCAUUCUUUGCAGCCAAAGUGGCUUGUUUGGACCCUUUGUAUGUGGGCAGUCAAGCCACAGCUUCUGCUGCUCCCACAACUUCUGGUACUGGCAAAUUAAAGUAUACAACUUGAUAUCUCACAUUACAGCACUGCCAUUUAUCAAAAAGACUUAAUGUAUAAAUAUUCAUAAGAUGUGAAACUUUGGUGAACCAUGUAUGUGGAAACCAAUCCUGGAGACAAGACAUCUUGCAGCAUCAGCAGAUAGAUGGUCACAUGGGAUCAUAAACUCAUCUCUGUUCUGCAAGACACCAGUAAAUAAUCCUCGCAGAAUCCCCAGAAUAGGAUGGAUAUGCUUUUAGUAUGAUCUAUUUGUACUUAUUUAGUGCUUUAACCAACACUGGAAGCAAAGGAAUAAAUGAUGCAAUGAGGCACUUCAAUAUUUAACACAAUUUUCAAAUUGAUGUAAUAACACACAAAGAGAAUUGUCGUUUUCCUGUUUUCAAAUGUUUUUAUGACAAUAUGCUAAACUCUGAGUAUGAAUUUAAUACCCAAUGAUUAUAUUAUAAAUGACAUAAGAGCAGGCAGCAAGCAUUUAGUACAUAAUGAUGAGGAGAUGAGCAUGAAAAGACAUUUGUGUAAGUAUCUCUUCAAAUAAGAAAGCACUUUAAGCACCAUUGUAAUUUAUACUUCUUUCCAUACAUGGAGUCAUGCUACUUUCUCAAUUUUGUUCUUUUAACAUUAACAAAGAUAUAGCCAUAUUGACUGACACAGUUCAAAACAAAAACAAAAACCCCACAACCCCACUUCCAUGAGUAAGUUUCUCUUCUUCAAUUAAAAAUAAUGUAAUAUUACUUUAAAUACAAUGACAAGUGAAGGUUUGUAAAAUAUCAUUUCUGCUCUUUACUUCCCCAGUUUUUUUUGGAGAACUAAGUUCUGUAAAUCUGAGUGUUAAAUCUGUGAGUUUUUGCUCACAUGACAAAGAUGUUGUAUUUGUUUCAGACACAAUCCACCUAAUGCAUUAUUUCCAUUUUUAACCUUCAUUUCACAUCAUAAGCUCUCAACAAAAUAGACAUUCAACAUUAUUUUUGAAAAAUGAGUCCAACCAUUGAAUUUGUAGUGAUUUCUUUUUUUAUAUUAUUAGUGAAAGGCAGGAAUAAAAUAGCCUUUACUGAUAGAAGCGAUGACAAAAUGCAUAAUGUAUUUAUAUAUUAAAAAAAUAUUGCAUCACCCAUAACCAUAUAAUAGAAAUGGUAGUUCCAGAUUUAAUGAUCAAAUCUGAAAGAAUUGUACAUUUAUAACUAAUAACUUAUUAAAAAUAUAGUUUUCAAAAAAUAAUUUAAUGUUGUGCUACUACACAUCAAUGAAAAUGGCAAAAUAGUGGGAGUUAUGUCUGGGUUAUAGCUGAAAGAGCAAAAAAAGGUGAGGUGAAUAUAUAUAUAUAUAUUUUUGGGGGCCAGACAUAAAAAAAAAGAGCACUAAAAGAUUGCAGAAAAUGCAGUUGGUGCGCAUUCAGAGUGAGUGGAAUAUUUAAAAUUAUGCUUUCUGGGAUUUCUACUUAUGAUAUUGAAAUCUGCAUUUCCUUUUUUUCCCUCUUCUUAUAAAAGCACAUGGAAGAUAAGAGUUAAGGAAACAAUCUUUCUUGUGCAUCUGGAAGACAAACUAUUUCACAUUCAUUUUUACUUAUUAAAAGAAGGAAAACUUCAUAAUUGAAGCCAGAGGAAAGCUUUUUUUGAAAUGGGAACAAUUCAAAUGUUAAGUGGGGACAAAAGACGAAUGAACUGUGGGGGCAAAUCAUGCAUCUGUCUUUUUGCUUUGCAGUAGAAGUACUUGGAUUUAUGUGUGUUAGAAAGUGUCCUUGCAAAAUGGAGACCGGAGGUAAAGUUGAUUCUAGUUCAAAACAAUCUGAAAAUACAUUUUCUAGGAACUCUUUAUCAUUGUCACAGGACUACCAGUAUGUUCUUACUUCCUAGUAGACCUCCAAGUGUUAAAGAAUUAAAGAUUUCAUAAUUGUGUUCCACAUUUAUUUUCCACGAUAAAUACAAUGGAAUUAUGUCAUAAUCCAGUUAUUAAAUAUUUUAAGUGUCAUCCAAAUCCAUCAUUUUCAUAGUCAUUAUCCUGUUUACAUGAAUCUUCCCCAAAAUGUUUUGAAUCCAAAACUACAACUUUCUGAGAAGUUUCCUGAUAGUAACUCAGAUGUUCUCCUUGUCAAAAAGGCAUGUUAUGGAAAGACAGUUUUGACAGACCACUGGCAACAAUGAAGCUUUGUAUCUGUUAAUGACAGUUCUAUUCUGUGCUCCCAAAUCAUCUCAUUCUGGUGAGCAUUGCAUUCAGACACCCAGUACAGGCAUGUGAAUGCCUCUGUAAGUAUUCUGGUGGUAGUAGAAGAAUCUAAAAUUAAUCAGCCACCAGUUGAACAUUUUCACAUCAAAUAACUCAGGUGAUGUGCAUAAUGGCACCAUUGAAAGGAAGAGUUAUUUAAGGUUUUCCAUGAUUUGAAAGAAAAAUAAAUAAAUAAAUAGAAGUUGCUGCUUGUUGCUGAAGCCUGUUGCUGAACUGGUUUCAUGCCAUACACUUUUGGGCCUGGACUCUACCAGGUUAUUCUACUGAACUCUCACAUAUUUUGUUUGUAGAAAUGCUAUAUUCAUAAAUGAGAAUUUUUUUAGUUGGGCAUUGAAUACAAUAUUUAAGAGGCAAACACACACACAAAAUAAGAACCUGCAAUUUCUAUGUUUGUUUGUGCUUUGAAACCCCAUAUUUCAAAGAGCUGAACUUGUGGGGCUAAAUCAGUAUUUUUAGUUUCAAGAAAAUAAAGGUGACCUUGGGAGAAUAUAAAAUGCCAUGGCCUUGACUACUGGUUUGUAAGUGUGUGAUUCUGGGAGCCUUUGCACUGACCUUAGAUUAUUCAGAGGUGGCUGCAUCAGGCUUGCCCUCUCAGUGGAAGUUGAACAGAAACUCAGCCUUGAACCAAAGAGGGAAAAUUUUGAAUUCUGUGUCAUAACUAAUAAUAAAACAGCAAAAUGUAAUUUUAAUGGCUGUUUUUAUUUAAAUACAAGAAGAUGCCUCCAAAUUAAAGCAUAGUUAAUUUCAUGUGCAUAUGUCAAAAACCAACCUUUAUGUUGCAAGCUAUCAUUUAACAUAUGAAAUAUAAUGAAUGCAAAUAUUUUGUAAGUCAGCAUGGCCCUCUGAUUACAAAGAAAAACACAGAAUUAUAAUGAACUGUCAGCUUUUGCUAAAAUUAAAGCAAAUAUUGAAAAACAAAAAACCAAAACAACACAACAAACCUUACUUCCCACAAAGUAAAAUAUAAUUUUUCUUUAUGACAUCAUAUUCUUAAAUAAGUUAAAUUAAAAAGUAUAUAUCUUUAUACUUAGUACUGUGCCUAUUGAAGUGAUGUUAUGUAGCAUACCAAAAACAUACACUCCUCAGUAUCACAAAAUGUAUUUGAUUUAAUUUGCUUUGCUUUAUGAUGGAAAUUUUAGAUAAGCUGACCUCCACAGAAUUAACCAUAUGCCAGGUUAUAGUGUUAUCAUAAUUUUGUUAUGAGCGUGUUGCAGAUUUGUAGACAUGUUAUUCUAGAUUUCAUCAGUGAAUGAAUAUAUUUCAUUUCCUAUAUCUGUAUAAAAACACGGUUCCAGAAGGCACUUUUGAAAUAAAGAUCAGGAUAUUAUAAAAUAUUGGUCAUUUUAUUUUGUUAAUGAAGUGCAGUAAAUUGUAAGCCAGUUAUUUUUUAAAACAAAUAAUUUGACUGUUUAAACUAGAAUUCAUUAAAAUGUAAAAUAAUAAUCUACAGUAUCAAUAUACUUUGAGAUGAUAUUCCUGAAACAUAUUGUUUUCCAUCUUAGUUCUUGAACCCACAAAAAAAUAUUCACUUUAUAUGCUCUGACUUUAUCAGAAUAUCUCACAGUACACAGUUAAACAUGAGUAAGUUGAGUAAGUUGUGGUUACUGCAGCUUAUUACUUUAAAUAUGAUUUCAUUUAUGCAAUGCCUUAAGAUGUUUCUUACAUCAAGAGAAAUAUUAAAAAGGCUAAAAAUCUCAUGAAUGUACGAAUGCUGCCCUUAAAAAUUCAGCAGCUUUGCUACAUAUUGUUGUCUAAGUAACCUCUAGCAUUCCCUACACCAAAAAGAAAGAACAAUUUUCAUUCUGAUAUAGCAAUGACAAGUUAAAUGUAAAUGCAUUGAUAUUAAACACUCGUCCCUGAGAAAGUGUUUUGUCUGGGAAGAAAAAAAAAAAAGCUGAUUUUAACAUGUUCAUCUUUGGGCAACUUAAAAUGUUCAAAUUUCGGCAUGUGAUGCACUCACCCAAGCUCCUUAAAUUUAAAUACCUAUCACUGACACCUGGGAUAGGACUUGAGGCCCUCAAAAUGGCAGGGCAGAGCCCUUUUGAUGUAGGACCAUGACUGAGCAGCUCCUAAGGUGUGUGUCUUCCUAGUGAUGGUAGAGGUACAGCCACUUUUGUGGUUUCACUUGUUUUAGGAAUGUGCUUUUGAAGGCAGGUUCCUGCCCUCUGCUUGUUACUAUGUUGUUCUUCAUUUGCCAGAGCAGUCUUUAAGCACAUGAACUGGAAUUUUAGACUAAAACUCACUCCUAAUAGUUCCAACUCCUAAUGGGCAUUCAGCUCAUACAACCUAAGUAAAGCAAGACCAAAGCCAGAAUCCCUCUAAAAUGCUACGGCUGCUGGAUCCUGGUGAGAGUCCUUUCUGCCCAGUGGGUGAUGCCCAUGUACUGUGGAUUGUGGAAGAACCUCCUUCAUUUACGGGUGACUGACAGAUGUCCAGGGCAGGUUAAUCUUCAUUGCACUCUGUUCUUACUCCAAAGGGAAAGAAUUAAGGUUACAUCAUGCUAGUCAGCCCUCUCCCUGCUGCGUCUCUCUGCCUGUCUAUCAGAAAUACAUACUUUAAAAUUCACUCAGAGGGCUCCAAGAACACUGCCCUAUCCUCCUUGCUCUAUGCAGAUAGCAAAGCUGCACUCACUCAGCUAUGUAAGGGAGCCUCUAAAUCUGUAACACAGUCAGGGGACAAUAUUCAAGCAUUAUGGCAAGGGCAUCUGUGUACCAGAAGAGUGUUGCAGUUUGUGAUCAACAUUCAGAGUAAAUUGAGUAAAGUCAUCUUCAAACUUAAGUGCUUUCUUGGCUAUGACGGCUCUUAAGUGCAAUUUUAGUAUUGUUCCUAAAAUAAGAUCCACAGUGUCAACAAAUUUUUAUUUACUUGGCUCCAUUUUCCCAUUUUCAGGAAGUUUAGUGAGAAUAGCAAUUCAUAUUCUGUUGGAAUCAGAUGGAAAAUCAGAGAUACUGAAAUAAAAAAGAAAUUUCUAUUUGGAUUCUGUGUAUUGUUACAAUACAUUUCAUACUCUGUUAAAGUAUGUUGAACAAUGUAAAACUAAAUGCAUUCAUUUAGCUAACCUAGUCAGUUUUCAUUGCUACAAUAUGCAUACCUCCCACGUUCAGCAACUUUCACUAUGAGAAUCUCAAUUAUAUGUUACAGAAAUGGCUUUAUUAUUGAGUAUAUACUAAUAUAUAAUGCAUAGUGUGUGUAUUUGUGUGUGUGUAUAUUAGUAUAUACUAAUGGAAAGUAUUCAGUAUAUAUUAAAGAAAGUUCCAUAUUAGGCACAAUUAUAAAACAGAAGCAUAAAUCCAUGAAGCUUUACAUUUAAAAUCUUAAUCUUAUAAUACUAUAAAGAAAAAUAUGUAUAUUAGUUGAAGAAAUGGCUAUUUUUGCAGAACAUGCACAAUCUGGAUAUAUGAUAAUAAAUUAAUGAACAUUAACUGAUUUACUAUUUCAUACCUCCAGGAAUUUUGAUUUUUUAAAUUAUUCUUAUCCUUAAGAAUAUUUGCAAUAUAUGUCAUAAGUUUUAAUUUGUUAUGGAUAAAAAUGACUGAAAAAUGUAAUAGAAAGUGCUAUAUAUUUUAUAAAUAUUAAAAACUGAAGAUAAAUAUUCAAUUUAUUUAUUUCAUUUUCAGUUACUUUUUUUGUGGUUGUUUGUAAUAUGUAUUUGUGACAAACAUAAGUCACCUAGUCGUUAAAGCUCAUUAAUGUACCACUAAUAAAACGCUAUCUUGUGUUUUGUUUUUGUUAUGUUUUGUUUUGUUUCUUUUUGUAAUUGAACGUAACAGAAAAAAAUAUAGAAAAUAAAUACUUUUUUAACUAA